CGCCAUGGCCACCAGGAUCUUCCGUUACAGUACCACGGACGGACAACCACCAUGAGGGUUAUCAUCGUAGGCGCUGGUAUAGGUGGUCUGACAUGCGCUAUUGCCUGCCGAUGCGAAAACUUGGACGUGAUUGUCCUCGAACGCAGUUCUGAACUCUUGCCUGUCGGAGCAGGUAUACAAAUACCCCCCAAUGGCGUGCGAGUAUUGCAGGAGCUGGACCUCAAGCAAGAGGUCUUGCAGAAAGGAGCAAUAGUCGAAUCAAUGGAUCUUCGACGGUACAAGAACGGCGGACUUAUAGCUCCAUGGAAUGUGGUGAGACGGUCGCUCGAGAGUACGGGGCACCGUGGAUGUAUGUAUCCUGUGCUGUUACCUGGACUAUUGAGUAUGCUUGUCUCACAUUUGUCUAGCAUCAUCCACCGAGCGGAUUAUCAGCAGAUUCUGUUCGAUAGGGCUAUGAUUAUGGGUGUAACAGUGCGCUUCGGAGCUACUGUUGAGGACUUGGAUUUCCAGGAUAUGCAGGUUGUUCUCAAGGGUGGCCAGACAGUAGCGGGUGAUGUUAUCAUCGGUGCUGAUGGGCUAUGGUCAAAAGUCAGAGACACAAUCUUCGAUCGACAUUUGCCGCCCAUAGAGACCGGUGACAUGGCCUACCGUGCAGUCUUUCCAAGAAAGCAACUUGAGGACCUCGGCGACCCGGAGAUAGGCAGUCUUUGUAGUAAAACCUCGGUCACAGCCUGGCUAGGGCCAGAGAAACAUGCCGUAUUCUACCCGGUACGAGGAGGCGAAGAAUUUAAUCUAGUUCUGCUCCUACCUGACAAUUUACCUGCUGGGGUGCGUACCAUUGAAGGUGAUUUGGAGGGAAUGAAAUCGGGCUUUCGGGAUUGGGACGCGACUCUUCAGAAGUUGAUCUCUUGCAUAUCGUCGGUGGUAAGGUGGAAGCUAUGUCACCUGCCCGAAUUAGAUACCUGGAGCAAGAACUCGGUCACACUACUGGGAGACGCUUGUCACCCAACGCUCCCUUAUCAAGCCCAGGGCGCUGCAAUGGCUUCGGAGGACGGCGCUGUGCUGGGAUUGCUAUUGGGCUCAGUUGUAAAGCGCCUCGAGAGCCAAACGGACUCUUCGGACGUGACACUCAGGGACUUGGUUUCUGAAUCGCUCACAGUCUACGAGGGCUUACGAAAAGCUCGCACUACAGCCAAUGUCAAUGGAGCCCUCAGAAACCGCGGCGCCUUCCACAUGCAAGAUGGUAUUCUGCAAUGGAUGCGCGAUCUGGUUUUAGGUUAUUCUGGUAUGACACAUGAGACUGAUUGGAUUGGGCUGAUGUCAAGGCGCCAAUCGCACACUUUAGCAUUUGAUACUAUACAAGAUUGUAAGAGACGGAUAAAAGAAGCGUAA